CCGUGGCCUGCUUUCCCCGGGGAGGCAUAUGAAGGUUUCAUUUGAUUCACGCACCCUGCAUAAAGCAGGCAGCUAAUCUGAGAGUAAACAUCUCCCUUAACCUCAGCCAGGCGGAGGAGGUCUGGAGCUGCCUGCAGCUCUGGGCAGAGCCCUGAGGGGAAGGCAGGCCUGCCCGCCUGGGUGACGGGGAGUCACUGCAGCAGAUAGGCGCUGCGCCAGUCCUGCUCACCACUCGCCCGUCUUCGUGGGCAGGAUUGCCCAGCAGACCAGCUGCAGUGCUGCCAGGAGCCAGCUGGCCUGCCCACAGCUCUGCCUCUGCCCGUUUAUAUGGGCAGCCACAGAGGUAGGGCUCAGCUCUUCACCCUCCAUCAGCAACCCAGGGUACGGGAGAGUCAGUGCUCGGGGUAGCGAGUAACAGGACUGGGUUCAACUUGCCAAGACGAGAUGGGGAGGAAGCUGGACCUCUCCAAGUUAACCGAUGAAGAGGCCAAGCACGUUUGGGAAGUCGUUCAACGGGACUUUGAUCUGCGGAAAAAAGAGGAGGAACGGCUGGAGGAGCUGAAAUGCAAGAUCCACCAGGAGAGCAGCAAGAGAGAGUUUCUGACAAAUCAGUCCCACCUCAAUGAAACCCACUGCGUCCACUGCCUCCAGCCAUUCAAGUUCCUGCUGAACAGCAAGAGGCAGUGCCUGGACUGCCACUUCUACACCUGCAAGAACUGCAGCCGCUACAACAAGAAGGAGCAAGGCUGGGUCUGUGAUCCCUGCCGCCUUUCCAGGAUUGUGAAGAUCGGCUCCCUGGAGUGGUACUACGAACAUGUGCGAUCCCGUUUUAAGAGGUUUGGAAGCGCCAAAGUGCUGCAGUCCCUCUACGGCAGGCUGCAGCCAGGGCAGGGGGUGAACUCUGCAUUUUUAGGUCUUCAUGACAGAGUUUACAGCCUGCCAGACAUUAACAGUGAAUGCCAGAUACUCACCAGCGGUGGCACUGGGGGGGAGGACAGCGAUGAUGAAGACGAUGUCUUUCAUGGAGCUGAAGCAGAGUGCUACAGCAGAAUGCACAAGACAAAGCGCCUGCUGUCUGUCCAUCCCUUUGAUUUUGAACUGGACUCGGAGUACUCUGCUCAGUCUCGCCGCCAGUCUGUGCAGCUCUCUCCAGCAGCCAGCAGUCCGGAUGCUUUCCAGCCCUUCCCAGAUUUCCCCAACUCAGCCGAAGGUGCCUCCCAGGAGUCCAGGAUUGCAGAGGCAGAUCUGGUCUUCCACCACGUCUUGCAGGAAAAGGGACCGGGUGUAAGCCCUCCAGAGAAGCACUUCAGCACAGAGAUUCGGCUCACCGUCAAUUCACGGAGAAGGAGCCUGGAAAGAAAUGUAAAACCUGGCAGCCCCUGGAAUGAGCAGCCCCUGUCCCAGUACUCUGCAGAUACGGACACCUCUGAUGAGGACGUGAAGGGAGCCCAGUUUCCUGUCUACGCGCCCCAUCACACAAAACGCCGGAACAGAGCUUCCUCCCAGGAGAACGUCGGCCACUCUGGGAAUCAGAUUCAUGAGCUCAACAAACGCAUGUCCACAAUUGAACGCAUGCUGAACCGCUUGGAGGAAAAAAUCCUGGUGCACUCUGAUGAGACUCCAGCCCCAGAAUCCCAACUCGAUCUUGAUGAGGAGGAGGAGGAACUGAAGAAGAAGCUGGAGGAGUUGGCUAGCAACAUCAGUGACAAAGAAGUCUCUUCUGAAGAGGAGGAGCAUGAAGAAAAGAGAGUGAAGAAGCCAGAGAUUAAUUCGUCCAGUGAUGACAUGGCCAGAGAUGCUCGAAAGGUGUACUUGACUGCUGGGAAGACCUACCAGCUCGAGAAGACCCUGAAGGAUCUUGAGGAAGGGGCUCGGCACGGUGGCAGCACUGAGUCAGAGCUGUCAGAGCUGGAGGACAAAGUGGCCUCAGCAGCUGCUCAGGUGCAGCAGGCAGAGAGUGAGAUAUCGGACAUUGAAUCUCGAAUUGCAGCUCUGUCUGCUGCAGGACUGACAGUGAAAUCAGUGGAAAAGGCAAGGAAGCAGUCGAGCAGGCAGGCUGCCUGCCUCCACUCUUCCAGUCCUUCCAGCAGCAGUCCAGGGGAGUCUUCAGAUGAUGUUAAAGCAAUGCCCGGACCAGAGGGCUUCAGGAGGAAGUUCAACAGUCCCCUUGAAAUCACUGGUCUUGAUGACUCCUUUGACCGCAACUCUGUUUACCGUGGCUCCCUGACACAGAGAAACCCCAAUGGGAAGAACAGGAGGGUGGAGCGGCUCUUUGCGAAGCCUGUGAUGACCCACCUGUCGUGAGGAGAGGGGAACCCUACUGCCGCCGCAUUUCACUGAUGAUACAAGACCUCAGCACAAAGCCUUGCCACCUUCCCCACAACGCUUGCUCUUCUUUCUCCUGUGCCUGUCUCUCCCUGAAACCCCAGACAGCAGGGAAGCUGGAGGCUGUGGGCAGGGUUCUUGCUCAGAGCUGCUGAGGAGAGGAACAAGGCAAUGGGGUGUGGGCACAUGGCCAGGGGCUCUCAUGGGAGGACACAGGCAUGAGACCUCAGCUUUGGGCAGCUCUUUGGUACCAGGUCAACCACGGGGACCAGAGGUGCAGAGCAAGAGUGACCUCCUCUUUGGGAGCUAGACGUCAGUGUGGCUUUCCAGCAUGGGGACUGGGAGCAGUGCCAUGGCCCAGCCCUUCACAAAAGGGCAAUGUCAUCUGCUACAGUCAUUGCAUUGCUAUCAGAGUCUGUCCCUGUGCUCUCCCAGGUGCCAUGCAGGGAGAGGAGCUGACAGCAGGCGCAGCAUGCCUUUGGGAUACCCUAGAUCAGGGACCCAGGCAUCCCAGGCUAGGAUUCCCAUCCUAGCACUGGUCCCGAUUCCCUGUGAUGUCCCUUGGAGCAUCACUUCUCUCCCUGAGCAGCAAAGCAGCGUGAGAGCAGUGCUGGCUCCAUCCCAGUGAGCACUUGCCCAACAGAUCUUUGCAUGAAGCUAUUGAAACACCUGCUGAGGCUUCUUGCCAUCGUGCCUAAAGCAGCUGUGACCAUCUGGGGACAUGAGUGAGGCAAGGCUUGUAGGAAGCAGUAGCAAGAAAUGUGGAAGAAAGGCUGGAGGGCUUGUUGGGGAUUGGUUUGUUUUUCCAUCUCUUGAAGAUGUCCCCUCUCCCUGCAAGGUUAUACCAGCAAGUUUGGAAGGUCUCCAGCAAACAGAGUGUAGUUGCUUCUCUGGAGGCUUUCCCUACUCUGUCAAGAGGUCAGCCCAUGCCAGGCAGUGCUUUAUGGAUGAGCAUGUCCCCUGUCACUGGGCCUGGUAGGACCAUCCAAUCCUUUGGAUGGGAUGGCCUUUGGGAACUGUGGUGGCCCUGCAGUCCUGCCAGGUAACAGCAGCACUGGUAACACCCCCUCUGCCCCAAACCCCCAGACUGCUUGUUUAUCUCCAACAUUUAAUUCUCCAAGUCCACUGACCCUGGUGGAUCAGUUCCUGGCCCCAUACCCAUGCCCAGGACAUCGGGACAGGGAGGGGAGAGUUGUUUUCUCUUCCAGGAAAUGUUGUAGGAGGUUCAUGUUAAAAAAAUUUGCUCAAUACCCACUGGUCCCUGUCCUUUGUAGCCUCCACCUCCCUCCCUCUGUGGGUGAUGCAGAGAGGAUCCCUCGCAGCUGGAGCGGGGAUGUCAGACUGAUGCUGGCAGUUUCCCAUUGAUGGCCACUCAGACUGGAUCAUUUUAGGCUGUUCCUGUGCUUCCAAACUAAAACCACUUUAAUUAUGAACAGUAGUGUGAAUUCUCAUGGAAGUAACAUGUAUGUUUGGCUUUGGUAGUAGUAGAGACUGCUAACUUCCUAGAAAUUGGUCCCACAGUCAUCCCAGAGCAAUAUUGUAAGUCCAUAGUCUGGGCUUUCCAGCUGGAAACAAAACCAGUUUCUUAUUUUAGAACGAAAUCCUCCUGGCCUGAAGUUCAGAAAGGUAGGUGCAAACCACUGCCAUUGUAGAAACUCUCCCAGACACCGUGGCAUUGCCAGGUGCAUGUCUUGCUGCUCAGCUGGCAUCAGUGCUAGGAUGGCAGCUCCUUGGCUGGCAGAAGGGAGCUCCACUAAGAUCUGAGCAAUGCUAUGGGUUUGCACCCACCUUCUGGUGUCAGGGCUCUGCCUUCCCCCUUCCCCCCACCCCCCAACAGCAGCUCUUGCUCUACCCAGGUUCAGCUGUAACUCAAGUCCUUCCACACAACCGCUUGGACACUUAACCCUCUGAAGAAGUCCUCACCGUGAACAUCAGCAGUGCAAACUAAGGCAUCAUUCAGGCUGUAGUCACUCGUUAUUUGCCAGUAUCCUGCCCCAUCUGCCUGGGUAGAGAUUAUAUAUAUGUACACUAAAUCAUGCAAUAAAGCCAAUUUUGUGUCCAGAACCUA